AUGUUAAAUCAAGCCUCCACAACAGCAGCAGCAGCAGACACAGCAGCAGCAACAACAACAUCAUCUUCUGCUGCUGCAACUCCUGGUGCUGCAGCACCUGCUGCUGAUGCUGCAACCGAGAGUUCAGGGUCUGCUGCUGCACCAGCUGCAGCAGGAACAGCAGCAGAACCACAACAACAGCAGCAAGAGCAGCAACAGCAGCAAGAGCAGCAGCAACAGCAGCAGCAGCAGCAGCAGCAGCAACAGCAACAGCAGCAACGGGCUACUGAUCCAUUAACAGAGUCUGCUUCUUCUUUACUCACAGGCCAACAGCUAGAGGAGGCUGUACAGCGUCUACAGGAGAUGGGUUUUGCUGCUGCUGAUGCUCGUGCUGCACUAAGAGCAGCAUUUAAUAAUCCAGAAAGAGCUGUUGAAUAUCUUAUGAAUGGCAUACCGGAGGAUUUGAUGCCCGCUGCUCCUGGUGAGGAAGCAAAUGCUGCAGCAGCAGCAGACCCUGCAGAAGGAGAAGCAGCAGCAGCAGCAGUAGCAGCAGCAGCAGCAGCAGCAGCAGGAGCAGCAGGAGGUGCAGCAGGAGGAGGAGCAGCAGCAGCAGAUAAUCCAUUAGCAGGACUAAGAACUCAUCCUGUCUUCCAUCAAGUUAGACAACUUGCUCAGUUAAUAACCCAGAAUCAAGAGGCUUUCUUAGAUUUAUUAAGAGAAGGAAGUAACGAGGGUUUAGUAAAUAAUAAUAAUAAUAAUAAUAAUAAUAAUUUAUUUAAUGGUGGGGUAUUACAGUUAACAGAAGAAGAAAUGGCUGCUGUUGAUAGGCUGACGGCAUUGGGGUUUACAAGACUUCAAGUUGCUGAGGCAUAUAUUGCAUGCGACCGCAACGAGGAGAUGGCGGCGAAUUAUUUAUUAGAAAAUAUGAAUGACUUUGUUGAUGAAGAUAAUCAGGAAGAACAACAACAAUAA